GGCAUUUGCAUCUCCGGUGGCUGCUUGUCUCCAUUUGCUCUCUUACAUGUGCAGCAUGAAGUGUAACCUCAAGAAGAAACUCAUACUCUUUUCAUUCAUGUUGCACUUCCUUAUUAAAGUGGAAUGUGAAGUUAAUGGUACAACUGGAAGUAAUGUCAACGUUACAUUCACUUUUCAAGAUCUUGAUAAAGGCAGUCUUCCCAAAGGACACAUAUGUCUGCACAAAAAUGAAAACAAGAUUGAAAAUUGUCACAAGAUCGGUGCUAACUCUACUGGUUCGGGAAAAUUUUUGUUUAAUAAUGUGGAUGAUGUGAAUAAUACCGUUACACUGAGCAUCACAAAUCUGACCACAGAAGAUACAGGAAAAUAUCAUGUCGUGUUGCAUAACGAAGGCAAAAGACCUCUCAUUCCGAGCAAUAAAAUUGAUCUUACAGUCAAUCUUGUUAACAAACCAACAGAUAUUAUGCCCACAACGGUGAAUGAAACAACAGGAACUGCUCCCUCAGAACCGGAGACAUCAAAAAAAAUCUCAAUUUCAGUUUUCUUGACUGCAUCAUUCAUAAUAUGUAUAUGUUUCUUUGUGGGCCUGCUGUGCUGGUUCUAUAGGACCUGCCCCAGAAAAUCAGAUAACCUUCCGGUUCAGAGCAACAGCACGACACAACAAGGAGGUUGUGGCAGACCCAGCACUUUAUCUGUCAGCUGUGUGGAGUAUGGCGAGUUAGACUUUCAACGCAGACCUGAAAGACAUGACAGAGGAAAAUCUGCAGAGCUGACAUCAAAGGGUCAGGAUGGAGUGGAAUAUGCUGCUAUCAUUUUCCCUCAGCAAAAACAGACACCAAGUGGGCGGAUGAGAGAUAUACAGCAAGUAGCUGCCAUUAGAUCAAAAUCAUAAAACCUU